AUGGCCAGAGACUUGUUCUCUUCAGUGGGAAUGCAAAUAAACCCGUCGAAAUCCCAUGCAAUUAAUAUAGAAAACGGAAAUCUUACGCCAAAAGUAAUUACUCUUUUAGAUUCUUCCGAAAUUCCAUCACUAAGCCACACCGAUCGCAUAAAAUACGAAAGAUACUUCAAAGAUGAAAUUAUUUUUGAUGAAAAAGAAUUCCUAAUAAGUCUUGAAAAAGACUUUAGAAACUUAGUCACUUCACCAUUGUUAAGAGGUGACCAAAAACUCAAUAUUCUCAACCAAUAUGUCUACCCAAAUCUAAUAUAUCCUCUGCAAACAACACCAGUCGAUCUUCUCCAUCAAUCAUUUCUGAAACGUGUAGACAUGCUAAUACGUCAAGGUGUUAGGGAAAUAUGCGGGCUACCAGCUGAUACCCCCAUUCCAGUAUUCUAUAGUGGCCGCAAAGUCCGUGGUUUGGGUAUGCUACGAACUUUUUGGGAAGCUUCCUUACAGCACCUGGCAAUUGCACAGAAGUUAUCUAGAAUAAAUUACUGA